AUGGGGAGCCCCGAGGAUGACCUGAUCGGCAUCCCCUUCCCGGAGCACAGCAGCGAGCUCUUGAGCAGCCUGAACGAGCAGCGGCAGCUCGGGGUGCUGUGCGACGUGACCAUCCGGACGCAGGGGCUGGAGUACCGCACCCACCGGGCCGUGCUGGCCGGCUGCAGCCGCUACUUCAAGAAGCUGUUUGCGGGGCCGGGGCCGGGCACGGGGCAGGAGGUCUGCGAGCUGGACUUCGUGGGGCCCGAGGCGCUGGGCGCGCUGCUGGAGUUCGCCUACACGGCCACGCUCACCAUCAGCAGCGCCAACAUGGGCGAGGUGCUGCAGGCCGCCCAGCUGCUGGAGAUCCCCUGUGUCAUCGCCGCCUGCGUGGAGAUCCUGCAGGGCAGCGGGCGGGAGGCGCCCGGGCCCGAUGACGGGGACUGCGAGCGGGCGCGCCGCUAUCUCGAGGCCUUCGCCACCCUGCCGGACGGGGCCGGGGCCCCCCUGCUCCCUGCCCGCCCGGCCCCCCGCCGCAGCAAGAAGACCCGCAAGUUCCUGCAGGCCCGAUCCUCCCGGCUCAAUCACCACGCCGAAGAGCCGGGCCCCGGCAGCCCCUUGCCCGAGCCUCGGGAGCCAUCUCCCCUGCUGCCCCCGGCGCCCGAGGGUCUGGCCCAGCCCUACGAGGGCUACGAGGCGGCUGAGGAGGAGGAGCUGCCCCCACACCCCUACCCCUACCCGUAUCCCUACCCCUACCAGCCAGCCCUGUCCCCCGAGGACGCUGGCUCCGAUGAGGACCCCAUUGACCCUGACCUCAUGGCCUACCUGAGCUCCCUGCAGCAGGAGCCCCUGGCCCCCGGCCUGGACAGCCCCGACAAGCUGGUGCGCAAGCGUCGCUCCCAGAUGCCCCAGGAGUGCCCCGUCUGCCACAAGAUCAUCCAUGGCGCGGGCAAGCUGCCCCGGCACAUGCGCACCCACACCGGCGAGAAGCCGUUCGCCUGUGAGGUGUGCGGCGUCCGCUUCACCCGGAACGACAAGCUGAAGAUCCACAUGAGGAAGCACACGGGCGAGCGGCCCUACUCCUGCCAGCACUGCAGCGCCCGCUUCCUGCACAGCUACGACCUGAAGAACCACAUGCACCUUCACACGGGCGCCCGGCCCUACGAGUGCUACCUCUGCCACAAGGCCUUCGCCAAGGACGACCACCUGCAGCGCCACCUCAAGGGCCAGAACUGCCUGGAGGUGCGGACGCGCCGGCGCCGCCGCGAAGAGCCGCCCCCGCCCCCCGCCGGCCCCCAGGGCCUCGACCUGUCCAACGGGCGCCUGGAGAGCCUGCGCCUCUCGCUGGCCCGCUUCUGGGACCCGGCCCGCGUCCCCCCGCCCAAUGAGGACGAGGAAGAGGAGGAGGGGGAGGCAGAGGAGGGCCCGCAGCUGGACGGGGCCGUCCCCGUGGAGACCGCGUAG